AUGCCAUGGCAGCGGCGGCUCGCAAAACGCAGGACAGCCACAUCUAGAGGCAAGAUCCGCGGCGCUGCAGCCUUGACGGCGUGGAGGUUGCUUACUAGCGUGGAUGUGGUUUCAGCCCAGGAUGUCGGACACAUUUGGCUGUCCCUGGUGGAUGGGGCUGAGUGCGAUGUCGCUAUCUCGUGGAGCAUCCCUGAUGGCAACCGGAGCGAGCUCAACCGUCUGAGCCAGGUGACCUAUGCGCGCAGCAGCGCCGACUUGGCGGAAGGCCCGUCGCUCAAUAUGACCGGGAACGUUUCCGGCCCGUGGCAUGGACGACGAUGGGUGCAAGCGGUGUUGCACGGCCUCGAGCAGGAUCUGGCUUAUCGGAUCGGGGGCGCUGGUGGCUUUGGACCCAUCGAGACCCGAUUGCCGUCCUGCCGCUGGACAGGUCAGUCAGUGCCCUCAACUGAGCCUGCCACUGCCAGUGCUGCAGGCCCUUUGCGGUUGGCGGUGCUCGGAGAUCUUGGCUUCAGGGACAGUGGCGCCACUGACCAGAUCCUCGCAAGGAUUCAAAACUCGACACCGGAUGCUGUGAUUCAGCUGGGUGAUUUGACCUGGGAUCUUUCCCAACAGGGGAGCACGACUGCCAGCGAUUUCUGGAGCAA